CCGGAGCUCAGCCUCUUGCUUCUGCCUGCUCUCUCUACAUCCAAGCUCCAGGGGCAUCCACGGAGCCCUCAUCAGCUAGAACACCUCCUGUGCAUCAGCGUAGAAGACCCCGCUGCUCUUGCUGCUGCCAGCACAGAUCCAUUCAUGUGGUUGUAAUUGGAGAGGGCCACCAUGAAGAUCCGGCUACAUAAUGCAUUUGCUGCUAUAUGUGCAGCUUUCUUCUUAUCUUCGAUAGAGGCAGAAGUUGAACCACCUUCAGACUUGAAUUUUAAAAUUAUAGAUGAAAAUACUGUUCAUAUGUCAUGGGCAAGACCAGUUGAUCCUAUAGUGGGUUACAGAGUAACAGUGGAUCCUACAACUGAUGGGCCUACUAAAGAAUUUACCCUUUCUGCUGGUACUACCGAAACAUUAUUGUCAGACCUUAUACCUGAGAUAGAAUAUGUUGUGACAAUAACUUCAUAUGAUGAAGUUGAAGAAAGUGUACCAGUUAUAGGCCAAUUGACAAUUCAGACAGGUGGGCCAACAAAGCCAGGGGAGAAGAAACCUGGACAGAGUGAGAUACAAAAAUGCUCUCUCAGUGCCUGGACAGAUUUAGUUUUCCUAGUGGAUGGCUCAUGGAGUGUGGGGAGAAACAAUUUCAAAUACAUCUUGGACUUUAUUGCUGCCCUUGUGUCUGCUUUUGACAUCGGGGAAGGAAAGACCAGAGUUGGUGUUGUUCAAUACAGCUCUGAUACCAGGACUGAAUUUAACUUAAAUCAGUAUUACCAAAGGAAAGAUCUUCUCGCUGCUAUUAAAAAAAUACCAUACAAAGGUGGCAAUACAAUGACAGGUGAUGCUAUCGAUUAUUUAAUUAAAAAUACUUUUACGGAAUCCGCUGGAGCAAGGGCUGGUUUCCCUAAAGUGGCAAUUAUUAUCACGGAUGGCAAAUCUCAGGAUGAAGUGGAAAUUCCAGCAAGAGAACUUCGGAAUAUUGGUGUUGAAGUUUUCUCCUUGGGUAUCAAAGCUGCAGAUGCAAAAGAACUCAGGCAAAUUGCAUCUCCACCUUCACUCAAGCAUGUUUUCAAUGUGGCUAACUUUGAUGCAAUUAUAGAUAUUCAGAAUGAAAUAAUUUCUCAGGUGUGCUCAGGUGUUGAUGAACAGCUGGGUGAAUUGGUCAGUGGAGAAGAAGUUGUAGAAUCUCCUUCAAAUUUGAUUGCCACUGAUGUAUCAUCAAAAUAUGUUAAGCUCAGCUGGGACCCAUCUCCUAGUCCUAUAACAGGCUAUAAAGUGCUUCUCACUCCAAUGAUACCAGGAAGUAAGCAACAAGCUUUGAGUGUGGGUCCGCAGACUACCUCUUUAAAUGUAAGAGACCUUUCUGCAGAUACAGAAUACCAGAUUAGUGUCUAUGCAAUGAAAGGACUGACAUCCAGUGAACCCAUUUCAAUAAUGGAAAAGACCCAGCCAAUGAAAGUUCAAGUGGAAUGCUCUCGUGGUGUGGAUAUAAAAGCUGAUAUUGUGUUUUUAGUUGAUGGCUCUUACAGCAUUGGAAUUGCCAACUUUGUUAAAGUUAGAGCCUUUUUGGAGGUCCUUGUGAAAAGCUUUGAGAUUUCACCCAACAGGGUACAGAUCAGCCUUGUCCAAUAUAGCCGGGACCCCCAUACUGAAUUUACUUUGAAAAAAUUUACCAGAGUUGAAGACAUCAUUGAUGCCAUUAACACAUUCCCCUACCGAGGUGGAUCCACAAAUACGGGCAAAGCCAUGACCUAUGUGAGAGAGAAAAUAUUUGUGGCUAGUAAAGGAUCACGGAGCAAUGUACCAAAGGUCAUGAUUCUUAUUACUGAUGGGAAAUCGUCAGAUGCCUUUAGAGACCCUGCUAUAAAACUCAGGAAUUCAGAUGUUGAAAUCUUUGCAGUUGGUGUCAAAGAUGCAGUUCGUUCUGAAUUGGAAGCUAUUGCUUCGCCCCCUCCUGAAACUCAUGUGUUCACAGUGGAAGAUUUUGAUGCCUUCCAGAGGAUAUCAUUUGAACUUACUCAGUCUAUCUGCCUUAGAAUUGAACAAGAAUUGAAAGUUAUAAAGAAGAAAUCUUAUGUGCCUCCAAGGGAUCUGAAAAUUUCUGAUCUGACUUCAAACAGUUUCAAAGCCAACUGGUCUCCAGCUGGAGAGCAUGUUUUUACAUAUCACAUCACAUACAAGGAAGCUGCUACUGGUGAAGAACUAACUGUUGUAGAGCCUGCUUCCAGUACCAGUGUGGUUCUAGAUCACUUAAAGCCAGAAACCUUGUACUUGGUCAAUGUGACAGCAGAGUAUGAGGAUGGUUUCAGUGAGCCCUUAACUGGAGAGGAAACAACUUUGGAAGUGAAAGGCAUUCCUCGCAACUUAAAAGUGACAGAUGAAACCACUGAUAGCUUUAAAAUUGCCUGGACUCAAGCCCCAGGGAAAGUCUUACGAUACCGGAUUGUGUACAGGUCAGUUCCUGGUGGAGCAAGACAAGAAGUCACAGUUCCAGCAAAUGAACGAAGAAAGACACUUGAGAACUUGACUCCAGAUACAAAAUAUGAAGUGUCUGUUAUCCCUGAGUACUUUUCUGGACCUGGAAGCCCAUUGACUGGAAAUGCAGCUACUGAAGAAGUUCGAGGAAAUCCAAGAGACUUAAGAGUUUUUGACCCUACAACAUCAUCAAUGAAGUUAUCUUGGAGUGCAGCACCAGGAAAAGUCAAACAGUACCUUGUAACAUACACUCCAGUGGCAGGAGGUGAAACCCAAGAGGUAACUGUGAGGGGUGAUACAACCAGCACUCAACUGAAGGGCUUAGACCAAGGUGCAAAAUACUCCUUGUCAGUCACUGCCUUGUAUGCUUCUGGAGCUGGUGAUACCCUUUCUGGAGAAGGAACAACACUGGAAGAACGAGGUUCUGCUCGGGACUUGAUUACUAAAGACAUCACUGACACUUCCAUUGGAGCAUAUUGGACAUCUGCUCCAGGGAUGGUUCGUGGUUACAGAGUUACAUGGAGAUCCCUUUAUGAUGAUGUUGAGGCUGGAGAGAAGAAUCUUCCUGGAGAUGCAAUUCAUACUGUGAUAGAAAAUCUACAGCCAGAGACCAAAUAUAAGAUUUCAAUAUUUGCCACCUACACCAGUGGAGAAGGAAAUCCUUUGAAUGGAGAAGCUACAACUGAAUUAUCUAAAAAUGCCAGGACUCUGAGAGUUGAUGAUGAGACUGAAUCGACAAUGAGAGUCACAUGGCAACCAGCACCUGGGAAAGUUGUAAACUAUCGAGUUGUGUACAGGCCUCGGGGCGGAGGAAGACAGAUGGUGGCCAAAGUAUCACCCACAGUUACAUCAACUGUGUUAAAACGACUUCAGCCUCAAACCACAUAUGACAUCACAGUGCUUCCAAUUUACAAGACAGGAGAAGGAAAGCACAGGCAAGGAUCAGGAACCACAUUAUCCAAAUUCAAAUCACCCAGGAACCUCAAAACAUCUGACUCAACCAUGUCAAGCUUCCGAGUCACCUGGGAACCAGCCCCUGGGGAAGUAAAAGGCUACAAGGUCACUUUCCAUCCUACAGGAGAUGAUCAGAGGCUUGGGGAAUUAGUUGUUGGUCCCUAUGACAAUACUGUUGUUUUGGAAGAACUUAGGGCAGGUACAACCUAUAAAGUGAAUGUUUUUGGAAUGUUUGAUGGAGGAGAAAGUUCACCACUGAUUGGACAAGAAAUGACAACUCUUUCAGACACAACUGUGAUACCAAAUUUACCUACAGGCAUGGAGUGUUUCACCAGAGCAGAAGCUGACAUCGUGCUACUGGUAGAUGGUUCUUGGAGUAUCGGUCGGGCUAAUUUUAAAACUGUCAGGAGUUUCAUUUCACGUAUUGUUGAAGUCUUUGAGAUAGGCCCCAAAAGAGUCCAAAUUGCCCUUGCUCAGUACAGUGGGGAUCCCAGAACAGAGUGGCAGCUGAAUGCUCAUAAAGACAGAAGAAGCCUAUUGGAAGCAGUGGCUAACCUACCAUACAAGGGAGGAAAUACACUGACAGGCAUGGCUUUGAAUUUUAUUCGGCAAAACAACUUCAGGCCACAGGCUGGUAUGCGACCUCGAGCUCGCAAAAUUGGUGUUCUCAUCACUGAUGGAAAAUCACAGGAUGAUGUAGAAGAACCUUCAAAGAAAUUAAAGGAUGAAGGAGUGGAACUGUUUGCUAUUGGUAUUAAAAAUGCAGAUGAGACUGAGUUAAAGAUGAUUGCAACUGACCCAGAUGAUACUCAUGCAUACAAUGUGGCUGACUUUGACUCACUUUCUAGGAUUGUGGAUGAACUCACUAUUAACUUGUGUAAUAGUGUCAAAGGUCCAGGUGACUUGGAAGCACCUUCCAAUCUAGUUAUAUCUGAGCGAACCCAUCGUUCUUUUAGAGUGAGCUGGACACCCCCAUCGGACAGUGUAGACAGAUACAAGGUGGAAUACUAUCCAGUUUCUGGCGGGAAACGCCAAGAAUUUUAUGUGAGCCGCCUGGAAACAAGUACAGUGCUUAAGGAUCUAAAGCCUGAAACAGAGUAUGUUGUUAAUGUGUAUUCCGUGGUAGAAGAUGAAAAUAGUGAACCUCUGAAGGGCACUGAAACAACCUUGCCAGUCCCUGUUGUUUCCCUGAAUAUUUUUGAUGUUGGACCAACUAACAUGCGGGUGCAAUGGCAGGCAGUUGGUGGAGCUACUGGUUACUUGUUGUCCUAUGAGCCUCUCAAUGCCACAGUGCCCACAAGUCCCAAAGAGAUGCGUGUUGGACCAUCAGUGACAGAUAUGCAGCUGGUUGACCUCCUCCCCAAUACUCAGUAUGCUGUAACUGUCCAGGCAGCAUUGUAUGAUCUCACCAGUGAUCCAGUCACUGCCCGGGAAGUAACUUUACCCCUACCUCCUCCUAGAGGUUUGAAGCUCACAGAUGUUACCCAUAGCAGCAUGAAUGUCAUCUGGGAUCCUGCUUCUGGCAAAGUGCGCAAAUAUAUUGUCAGCUAUAAGACAGAAGAAGAUGGAGAUGUAAAAGAGGUGGAAGUAGAUAGAUCAAGGACAAAGACUUCUCUUGGUGAUCUGAUUUCACAAACACUUUAUACGGUGAAUGUUGUGGCAGUAUAUGAUGAAGGGGAAUCUCCUCCAGUGAGUGCUCAAGAAACUACACGUCCUGUGCCUGCACCAAUUAACCUGAGACUUACUGAAGUUACACCUGAUAGUUUCAGAGGAACAUGGGAUCACGGAGCUUCAGAUGUGUCUCUCUAUAGAGUGACAUGGUCACCUUAUGGAGCCACAGAAAAAAUGGAGACUAUCUUAAAUGGUGAUGAAAAUACUCUGGUUUUUGAAAAUCUGAACCCAAACACACUCUAUGAAGUUUCUGUUACUGCCAUUUAUCCUGAUGAAUCAGAAAGUGAUGACCUUACCAGCAGUGAGCGGACAUUGCCUGCAGUACCUGUAACGACUCUAGCUCCAAAAAGUGGUCCACGAAAUCUUCAGGUGUACAAUGCAACAUCCAAAAGCUUGACUGUUAAGUGGGAUCCUGCGAGUGGGCGUGUGCAGAAAUAUAGAAUCACUUACCAGCCUUCCACAGGAGACGGGCCUGAACAAACGACCACAAUAGGAGGAAGGCAAAACAGUGUGGUUCUACAGAAGCUGAAACCAGAUACCCCAUACUCAAUUACCGUCUCAUCUUUGUAUUCUGAUGGUGAAGGAGGAAGGAUGACCGGCCGAGGCAAGACCAAACCUCUCAAUACUGUGAAGAACCUGAGAGUAUAUGAUCCUUCAACCAGCACACUGAAUGUUCGAUGGGAUCAUGCUGAGGGCAAUCCUCGACAGUAUAAGGUUUUCUAUGCACCAACUGCAGGUGGUCCAGAGGAAAUGGUAACAACUCCAGGGAAUACCAAUUAUGUUAUUUUGAGGAACCUGCAACCUGAUACACCUUAUACAGUUACAGUAGUCCCAGUUUAUACUGAAGGGGAUGGUGGGCGAACUUCAGACACUGGAAGAACAUUGGUAAGAGGUCUGGCGAGAAAUGUCCAAGUGUACAAUCCCACGCCAAAUACCCUUGAUGUUCGCUGGGAACCUGCACCCGGACCUGUCCAGCAGUAUCGUAUUGUGUAUUCUCCCCAGACUGGCACAAGGCCUUCAGAAUCUAUUGUAGUACCAGGAAAUACCCGCACAGUGCAGUUGGAGCGCCUGAUUCCAGAUACGCCCUAUUCUGUGAACAUUGUGGCUGUGUACUCAGAUGGAGAGGGAAAUCCCAGCCCUGCUCAGGGCCAAACAUCACCACGAGGUGGUCCAAGAAACAUGAAAGUCUUUGGAGAGACAACCAAUAGCCUUUCUGUAACAUGGGAUCAUGCUGAUGGGCCUGUUCAACACUACAGGAUCAUUUAUUCUCCUACUGUUGGUGACCCAAUUGAUGAAUAUACCACAGUACCUGGCAGAAGAAAUAAUGUAAUAUUACAGCCCCUGCAAACAGAUACUCCAUAUAAAAUUACCAUUGUUGCUGUUUAUGAAGAUGGGGAUGGUGGACAUUUAAUAGGAAAUGGAAGAACCGUUGGACUACUCCCUCCUCAGAACAUACAUAUCACUGAUGAAUGGUAUACCAGGUUCAGGGUUUCCUGGGAUCCUUCGCCUUCUCCUGUUCUUGGAUACAAAAUUGUGUAUAAACCAGUAGGUUCCAAUGAGCCCAUGGAAGUAUUUGUUGGGGAAGUAACGUCAUACACUCUGCACAAUCUGAACCCCAGUACCACAUAUGAUGUGAAUGUUUAUGCUCAGUAUGAUUCUGGUCUCAGCAUACCACUGACUGAUCAAGGCACCACAUUAUACUUGAAUGUGACUGAUCUGACAACUUACCAAGUAGGAUGGAAUACCUUCUGUGUUAAAUGGUCUGCUCACCGGGCUGCCACCUCAUACAGACUAAAGUUAAAUCCAGCAGAUGGAACAAGAGGACAAGAAAUCACAGUUCGUGGAUCAGAAACCAGCCACUGUUUCAAGGACCUUUCACCAAAUACUGAUUAUGGAGUCACUGUCUUUGUCCAAACACCAAACCUUGAGGGACCUGGGGUUUCUGUCAAAGAACACACAACUGUUAAGCCAACAGAAGCCCCAACAGAGCCUCCAACACCUCCUCCUCCUCCUACAAUUCCCCCAGCUCGGGAUGUAUGCAAAGGUGCCAAGGCAGAUAUUGUAUUCUUGACUGAUGCCUCUUGGAGUAUUGGUGAUGAUAAUUUCAAUAAAGUUGUAAAAUUUAUCUUCAACACUGUGGGAGCCUUUGACCAAAUAAGUCCUGCUGGAAUUCAGGUUUCAUUUGUCCAGUACAGUGAUGAGGUAAAAUCUGAGUUCAAAUUAAAUACCUAUGCUGACAAGGCUCAGGCACUUGGGGCUCUUCAAAAUAUUCGGUACAGAGGUGGAAAUACAAGAACAGGCAAAGCUUUGACAUUUAUCAAGGAGAAGGUCUUGACUUGGGAAAGUGGGAUGAGAAAAGCUGUCCCUAAGGUACUUGUGGUGGUUACAGAUGGUCGGUCACAGGAUGAGGUCAAGAAGGCUGCUUUGGUCAUACAACAAUCAGGUUUCAGUGUCUUUGUAGUUGGUGUAGCUGAUGUGGAUUAUAAUGAACUUGCAAACAUUGCCAGCAAACCAAGUGAACGCCAUGUUUUUAUUGUGGACGACUUUGAAUCUUUUGAGAAGAUUGAAGACAACCUAAUAACUUUUGUUUGUGAAACUGCCACUUCAAGUUGCCCUCUUAUUUAUUUGGAUGGAUAUACUUCACCAGGUUUCAAGAUGUUGGAGGCCUAUAAUUUAACAGAGAAGAACUUUGCAACUGUGCCAGGAGUAUCCCUGGAGUCUGGGUCUUUUCCCAGCUAUACAGCAUAUAGGCUCCAAAAGAAUGCCUUUGUAAACCAGCCUACAGUAGACCUACAUCCAGAUGGCUUACCCCCAUCAUACACAAUUAUACUGUUAUUCCGACUUCUUCCAGAAAGCCCCAGUGAUCCAUUUGCAAUUUGGCAAAUAACAGACAGAGACUACAAGCCUCAAGUUGGAGUGGUUGCAGAUCCUUCCAGCAAGACGUUGUCAUUCUUUAACAAAGAUAUGAAGGGUGAGGGUCAGACAGUAACCUUUGACACGGAUGAAGUGAAGACACUGUUUUAUGGAAGUUUUCACAAGGUUCAUAUUGUAGUGACUUCAAAAAGUGUUAAGCUUUACAUAGACUGCUAUGAAAUUAUAGAAAAGGACAUAAAGGAAGCUGGUAACAUCACAACUGAUGGUUAUGAAAUUCUUGGAAAGCUCAUUAAAGGUGAAAGGAAAUCAGCUGCGUUCCAAAUCCAGAAUUUUGACAUAGUGUGCAGCCCAGUGUGGACUAGUAGAGACAGAUGCUGUGACAUCCCUUCGAGGAGAGAUGAAGCAAAAUGCCCAGCUUUUCCAAAUGCUUGCACAUGUACCCAGGAUAGUGUUGGACCUCCUGGACCACCUGGACCAGCGGGUGGUCCUGGUGCUAAAGGCCCCAGAGGAGAGAGAGGAGUUAAUGGAGCAAUUGGACCCCCAGGUCCUCGUGGUGAUUCAGGUCCCCCAGGUCCCCAGGGUCCUCCAGGUCCUCAGGGACCUAAUGGACUCUCAAUUCCAGGAGAACAAGGUCGACAAGGGGUCAAAGGUGAUGCAGGGGAGCCAGGACUUCCAGGACGAUCAGGAUCACCAGGUUUACCUGGCCCACCAGGCCCCAUGGGACCCCCAGGAGAUAGAGGCUUUACAGGAAAAGAUGGUGCAAUGGGACCCAGAGGACCCCCUGGACCACCGGGCAGUCCAGGAUCUCCAGGAGUCACAGGUCCAAGUGGAAAACCAGGAAAACCGGGAGACCAUGGGAGACCAGGCCCAUCUGGAUUGAAAGGAGAGAAAGGUGAUAGAGGAGACAUUGCUUCCCAGAACAUGAUGCGUGCAGUUGCAAGACAAGUCUGUGAACAAUUGAUCAAUGGCCAGAUGAGCCGGUUCAAUCAAAUGCUGAACCAGAUUCCAAAUGAUUAUCAUUCAAACCGCAACCAGCCAGGACCCCCUGGCCCACCAGGCCCACCAGGAAAUGCGGGAGCAAGAGGAGAGCCUGGACCUGGAGGGAGGCCAGGGUUCCCAGGCACUCCGGGGCUGCAGGGACCACCUGGGGAUCGAGGAUUACCAGGGGAAAAGGGGGAAAGAGGCAUUGGAUCACAAGGACCUCGAGGUUUGCCUGGACCACCUGGUCCACAAGGAGAAUCCAGAAUGGGUCCACCAGGAUCUACAGGCUCAAGAGGUCCCCCUGGUCCCCCUGGUCGUCCUGGAAAUUCAGGUAUCCGGGGUCCAAUUGGUCCACCUGGAUACUGUGAUUCAUCCCAGUGUGCCAGCAUCCCUUACAAUGGUCAAGGAUACCCAGAGCCUUAUGUGCCUGAAAGUGGACCCUAUCUCCCUGAGCGUGAGCCCUUCAUAGUACCAAUGGAGCCAGAAACGAGAGCAGAUGAGUAUGAGGACUAUGGAGCUGAUAUGCCACCAGAAGGAUACCCUCCCCAGAUGCGCCGGAAAAGAUCAUUAUCGAGGAAACCGAGGAAAAUAAGACCAUGAAAUCCGUCUUUCUUUUCUUGA